CUUUCUCGCUGAGCGGCGUCAGGUCGGAGCGAGUCAGAUCAGGAUCGAGGUCAUGGAGGCAGGCAACCUUCCUUUGCCGGCAGACUCGAGGACUCGUUCGCUCUUCCUUGCCCUGACCUUGAGGGACGACGAGAUGCUCUAUCAGACGUUCUCAACCCGGGCAGUCCCCAUCGAAGUUGGGCUGCGGAGCGAAGAGCCAGCGCUGACUGGCAUGGAUCGUGGAGACUCCCUGAGCGCGAAGGCGAGGUGGGGCGAGCACUUCACAUUCUCUAUGGAUGGCAGCGAGCUCGGCAGGAUGACUGUUUCCUUGGAGCUGUUCGAGGACAUGGAAGACGCUCCUGGGCGAUGCGUUGCUACUGUGAAGCCAGCCUUGCGGUUGUCCAGCCUGACAAGAUACAACGACUUGAGCAUGAAGCUCCACAUGAAGAUGAGUUGGCAGGACCUGGACGACAGGCGAGAGCCGAGGCUCAAGGUUCGUUUCAGAUUCGGCAGCAGCCUCGUGGACAGCAGCACGAGCAGUGGGGCCGCCAACGCGGACGAUCUCACGUCAAUGAUGAGCUCUCUUGGUCGGUAUCGAGCCAGAGAGUCUACAACCAAGUUCGUCACCAAUCAGGAGGGAGAACAUCGCUGGGUUUGAAGUGGGUGAGAAUUUCGAGGAUGGACAAGAAGAUGUCGAGCAUGGAACUUGAGAGAUCAACUUGGUUGUUGUCGAAUCAGCAACGAAAGAGGGAAGGUUGGUGUUUUAAGAUUUGUUAUUACGAGAGAUUCAAUGUUG